UGGAUAAAUAUUGACAGAUGUUGGAAGAAGAGAGUUGAAUACAUUUUAUGUCGUUUGAUGUGACUUUUUCUGAAUUUCCUGAAACAUGGACGUCAAAUUGGUGUUUGGAAUUAUUUUUCUGAGUUUCUUUUUAUCCUGUGCUCAUUCGUAUCGCCCCAAAAGAAAUGAGGUGGAAACCUACAAGAGCUUGUUAAUUUCUAAAUCUAAAAGUCCGAUCAUUCGCCACACAGAUGACAGAUCACCUAGAGAUCUUCAGAGACUGCCAAGGGGCUGGCGGAGAAGGAGAAGGAGGAGCAGGAGGAGCAGGAGGAUAAGAAGGAGAAGGAUUAGGAGGAGAAGUAAAGUGAGGACAACCAGGAGGUCGGGAAGAAGAAGGAGAUGGAUUAGAGUUCGUAUCAGAAGACCAAUUCGCAUACGACGUCGGAGGCACCGCAGACCAAGACAUAGGCCAAUUAAUGGAAGAUGGUCUUAUUGGGUCAGACAGAGACCCGUAGGGAGAUGUGUUUGUUCGAGGUCCUGUGGGAGAGGGACGAGAAAAUAUGUCAUAAAGAGGUCUUGCACAAACCCUAGACCACGCUUUGGCGGUAGGAGGUGCUAUGGUAGAAGCUACAAAUACAUCUAUAAGACUUGCCACAGCAGACGAUGCAAAGUUAAUGGAAGAUGGUCAUCUUGGGGGAGAUGGAAACCGAGAGGGAGAUGUACGUGUAAGAAAUCCUGUGGACGAGCAAUACAGAAAUACGUUAAAUACAGAUCCUGUACAAAUCCUAGACCAUGUAAUGGUGGGAGGAGAUGUUAUGGUCGAAGCUACAAGUACACAUACAGAACCUGCUACCGAAAGCGUUGUAGAGUCAAUGGUGGAUGGUCGUCGUGGAAAAAUUGGAGGAAAGUUGGAAGAUGUGCAUACUAUAAAUCCUAUGGAAGACGAAUGCAGAAACACGUUAGAUACAGGUCUUGUAAAAAUCCUCGACCAUGCAAUGGAGGGAGGAAAUGCUACGGUAGAAGUUACAAGUAUAAAUACACAAGAUGCUAUUCGAUAGGAUGUUCAGUCAAUGGUGGAUGGUCGUCGUGGAAAAAUUGGAGGAAAGUUGGAAGAUGUGCAUACUAUAAAUCCUAUGGAAGACGAAUGCAGAAACACGUUAGAUACAGGUCUUGUAAAAAUCCUCGACCAUGCAAUGGAGGGAGGAAAUGCUACGGUAGAAGUUACAAGUAUAAAUACACAAGAUGCUAUUCGAUAGGAUGUUCAGCCUAUGGAGGAUGGUCUUCUUGGGGAAGUUGGAAGUUAGUGAAGAAAUGUAGAUGUGGCAGAACCUGUGGGAAACCAACCCGGAAAUACGUCAAAUAUAGGUCAUGUACAAAUCCUCGACCAUGCAGGAGAGGCAAACGAUGUACCGGUAGAAGCUACAAGUAUAUGUAUAGAACUUGCAAUCGUAAACGAUGUCGAGUCAAUGGUGGAUGGUCGUCGUGGAAAAAUUGGAGGAAAGUUGGAAGAUGUGCAUACUAUAAAUCCUACGGAAGACGAAUGCAGAAACACGUUAGAUACAGGUCCUGUAAAAAUCCUCGACCAUGCAAUGGGGGGAGGAAAUGCUACGGUAGAAGUUACAAGUAUAAAUACACAAGAUGCUAUUCGAAAGGAUGUUCAGCCUAUGGAGGAUGGUCUUCUUGGGGAAGUUGGAAGUUAGUGAAGAAAUGUAGAUGUGGCAGAACCUGUGGGAAACCAACCCGGAAAUACGUCAAAUAUAGGUCAUGUACAAAUCCUCGACCAUGCAGGAGAGGCAAACGAUGUACCGGUAGAAGCUACAAGUAUAUGUAUAGAACUUGCAAUCGUAAACGAUGUCGAGUCAAUGGUGGAUGGUCGUCGUGGAAAAAUUGGAGGAAAGUUGGAAGAUGUGCAUACUAUAAAUCCUACGGAAGACGAAUGCAGAAACACGUUAGAUACAGGUCCUGUAAAAAUCCUCGACCAUGCAAUGGGGGGAGGAAAUGCUACGGUAGAAGUUACAAGUAUAAAUACACAAGAUGCUAUUCGAAAGGAUGUUCAGCCUAUGGAGGAUGGUCUUCUUGGGGAAGUUGGAAGUUAGUGAAGAAAUGUAGAUGUGGCAGAACCUGUGGGAAACCAACCCGGAAAUACGUCAAAUAUAGGUCAUGUACAAAUCCUCGACCAUGCAGGAGAGGCAAACGAUGUACCGGUAGAAGCUACAAGUAUAUGUAUAGAACUUGCAAUCGUAAACGAUGUCGAGUCAAUGGUGGAUGGUCGUCGUGGAAAAAUUGGAGGAAAGUUGGAAGAUGUGCAUACUAUAAAUCCUACGGAAGACGAAUGCAGAAACACGUUAGAUACAGGUCCUGUAAAAAUCCUCGACCAUGCAAUGGGGGGAGGAAAUGCUACGGUAGAAGUUACAAGUAUAAAUACACAAGAUGCUAUUCGAAAGGAUGUUCAGCCUAUGGAGGAUGGUCUUCUUGGGGAAGUUGGAAGUUAGUGAAGAAAUGUAGAUGUGGCAGAACCUGUGGGAAACCAACCCGGAAAUACGUCAAAUAUAGGUCAUGUACAAAUCCUCGACCAUGCAGGAGAGGCAAACGAUGUACCGGUAGAAGCUACAAGUAUAUGUAUAGAACUUGCAAUCGUAAACGAUGUCGAGUCAAUGGUGGAUGGUCGUCGUGGAAAAAUUGGAGGAAAGUUGGAAGAUGUGCAUACUAUAAAUCCUACGGAAGACGAAUGCAGAAACACGUUAGAUACAGGUCCUGUAAAAAUCCUCGACCAUGCAAUGGGGGGAGGAAAUGCUACGGUAGAAGUUACAAGUAUAAAUACACAAGAUGCUAUUCGAAAGGAUGUUCAGCCUAUGGAGGAUGGUCUUCUUGGGGAAGUUGGAAGUUAGUGAAGAAAUGUAGAUGUGGCAGAACCUGUGGGAAACCAACCCGGAAAUACGUCAAAUAUAGGUCAUGUACAAAUCCUCGACCAUGCAGGAGAGGCAAACGAUGUACCGGUAGAAGCUACAAGUAUAUGUAUAGAACUUGCAAUCGUAAACGAUGUCGAGUCAAUGGUGGAUGGUCGUCGUGGAAAAAUUGGAGGAAAGUUGGAAGAUGUGCAUACUAUAAAUCCUACGGAAGACGAAUGCAGAAACACGUUAGAUACAGGUCCUGUAAAAAUCCUCGACCAUGCAAUGGGGGGAGGAAAUGCUACGGUAGAAGUUACAAGUAUAAAUACACAAGAUGCUAUUCGAAAGGAUGUUCAGCCUAUGGAGGAUGGUCUUCUUGGGGAAGUUGGAAGUUAGUGAAGAAAUGUAGAUGUGGCAGAACCUGUGGGAAACCAACCCGGAAAUACGUCAAAUAUAGGUCAUGUACAAAUCCUCGACCAUGCAGGAGAGGCAAACGAUGUACCGGUAGAAGCUACAAGUAUAUGUAUAGAACUUGCAAUCGUAAACGAUGUCGAGUCAAUGGUGGAUGGUCGUCGUGGAAAAAUUGGAGGAAAGUUGGAAGAUGUGCAUACUAUAAAUCCUACGGAAGACGAAUGCAGAAACACGUUAGAUACAGGUCCUGUAAAAAUCCUCGACCAUGCAAUGGGGGGAGGAAAUGCUACGGUAGAAGUUACAAGUAUAAAUACACAAGAUGCUAUUCGAAAGGAUGUUCAGCCUAUGGAGGAUGGUCUUCUUGGGGAAGUUGGAAGUUAGUGAAGAAAUGUAGAUGUGGCAGAACCUGUGGGAAACCAACCCGGAAAUACGUCAAAUAUAGGUCAUGUACAAAUCCUCGACCAUGCAGGAGAGGCAAACGAUGUACCGGUAGAAGCUACAAGUAUAUGUAUAGAACUUGCAAUCGUAAACGAUGUCGAGUUAAUGGUGGAUGGUCUUCAUGGAAAAAUCGGUGGAAAGUUGGAAGAUGCUCAUACUAUAAAUCCUAUGGAAGACCAAUGCAGAAACACGUUAUAUACAGGUCGUGUACAAAUCCUAGACCAUGCAAUGGAGGGAGGAAAUGCUACGGUAGAAGUUACAAGUAUACAUACACAAGAUGCUCUCAAGGUUGUUCAGCCUAUGGAGGAUGGUCUUCUUGGGGAAGUUGGAAGUUAAUGAGGAAAUGUACAUGUGGCAGAACCUGUGGGAAACCAACCCGGAAAUACGUCAAAUAUAGGUCGUGUACAAAUCCCCGACCAUGCAGGAGAGGCAAACGAUGUACCGGUAGAAGCUACAAGUAUAUGUAUAGAAGUUGCAAUCGUAAACGAUGUCGAGUUAAUGGUGGAUGGUCUUCAUGGAAAAAUUGGUGGAAAGUUGGAAGAUGUUCAUACUAUAAAUCCUAUGGAAGACCAAUGCAGAAACACGUUAGAUACAGGUCGUGUACAAAUCCUAGACCAUGCAAUGGAGGGAGGAAAUGCUACGGUAGAAGUUACAAGUAUACAUACACAAGAUGCUCUCAAGGUUGUUCAGGAUGGUCGUCUUGGGGAACUUGGAAACCAAUCGGGACCUGCAAAUGUAACAGGUACUGGAGGUAUCACGGGAUAGCAAUGCAGAAGUACGUUAAAUAUAGGUUCUGUAAACCGUGCAAGGGACACAAGAGGUGUAAUGGAAAAAGAUACAAGUACACAUACAAAACCUGCUAUCGCAAAGGAUGCUCAGCAACGUGGUCAUCGUGGGGAAAAUGGAAACCAAUAGGAACAUGCAGCAAGUCCUGUGGAUACGGAAGAAGGAAGUAUAUAUCAUACCGGACUUGUAUAACUACCAGAGGACGGAAUGGAGGCAAACGGUGUUCUGGCAGUAACUACAAGCAAAGUUACAGAACCUGUUAUAUUAAGCGAUGUCCAGAUAUUUCAGUGAGCGGAAAUUGGACUGAAUUUGGUGAUUUUUCAAACUGGACUACCUGUAAUGCUACCUGUGGGGGUGGCUAUAUGUGGAGAGAACGGACGAGGAAUUGUACCGGUCCUCAACAAGGUGAUGGGGAGCGGAACUGUUCCGGAUCUGACACCGAGAGGGAGACUAAGAUCUGCAACACAAACCCAUGCCCCGGCAUUGCAAAGUGGUCAUCAUGGGGAAGAUGGAAGCCAGUGGGGAUAUGUAGCACGUCCUGUGGAAACGGGAGAAGGAAAUACAUAUCAUACCGGACUUGUAUAAAUACCAGAGGACGGAAUGGAGGCAAACGGUGUCCUGGCAGUAACUACAGGCAGAGUUACAGAACCUGUUAUCUUAAGCGAUGUCCAGAUAUUUCAGUGAGCGGAAAUUGGACUGAAUUUGGUGAUUUUUCAAACUGGACUACCUGUAAUGCUACCUGUGGGGGUGGCUAUAUGUGGAGAGAACGGACGAGGAACUGUACCGGUCCUCAGCAGGAAGAUGGGGAGUGGAACUGUUCGGGAUCUGACACCGAGAGGGAAACUGAGAUCUGUAACAUAAAACCAUGCCCCGUCGUUCAAUUAUUGUUCUUUGUAGAAUGCAAGACAGCUCCUUUGAACAGAAGUGAAAUCGUCAUAAUAAGCAAGGAUUUUCCCGGGCAGAACUUGAAUGACAUUUUCCGCAGUAAGGGUAUCACAUCCAGAGCUACUAAUGAGAGUGUCGCUAUCUACGUCCGAUUUCAUUCGCGUGUGAACAUAACCAGUCUAGAGGCCACUCUCACAAACCAUGAUAAACUAAACGUUGAACUGUAUGACAAUGCCGGGAAACUUAUUCCACGAAAGGUCAUCGAACAGAACGAAUAUGUAGCAAUCAUCAGGCACAUUAAGAUAGCUGUGUCUAGUUUAGAAAUGGAACACGGAAUAACUAUAGCACAGCUACACGCCGUCGUUUGUUCUCCCCUCGGUGGAAAAUUGUUUCUUUGCCCAAAAGACAGUGGCCUUUUCUCGCAUCCUACGAACAAAAGAAUGUACUAUCAGUGUGUAAAGGGCAAACCCACAGAAAAGUCAUGUCCAGCUAAUACAACGUGGAACUCAAAGACCAAACUCUGUUCAAGGACUGACCACUGACCACCGAGUUCUUAUGUGAAAUAAUAAUAAGAAAUGAAUUGUUUGAACCUUAA